CCCAACAUAUCACACCUUGUGGUUUUGAUGAAGUGCUGACUGCAAUAGGAUCUAUUGGGCAAUAGAGUUGUCUUGAAAAGGAAUCCGGCGGUACAGCUCAAAUUGUCGGCUCGCAGAAGAAGAGGCAGGUGACCGUCUAGCAGGCAGAUCCACCUCCGCUUGGCAGUCUGAACGCAAGGCACAUCGGUGGAAAACGACUGUAUAUUAGACCUUUAUUGUCGUAAUAGAUAUUCCAUAUUUAACUACAUGCCUUUUAAUUUAAUUGUUUAGUUAGUCAGCUCUCCCUUCGAGAUGGAUAGCGCGCACACGAAAUCCGCAUCUGAAGUUUUAGAGAACUUCAGUGUGAACGAAAACACUGGACUCACACUUGAACAAGUCAAAUCUAAUUUUGAAAAAUAUGGACCGAACGAGCUUCCGGCUGAAGAAGGCAAGUCACUAUGGGAGCUGGUGGUGGAGCAGUUUGAAGACCUCCUGGUCAGAAUCCUGUUGUUAGCUGCCUGCGUCUCCUUUGUGCUAGCUCUGUUUGAGGAGGGGGAGGAGACCAUCACAGCCUUCGUGGAACCUAUCGUCAUCCUGCUUAUCCUCAUCGCUAACGCUGUGAUCGGAGUCUGGCAGGAGAGGAACGCGGAAAACGCCAUCGAGGCGCUGAAGGAGUACGAGCCAGAGAUAGCCAAGGUGUACCGCAUGAACCGCAAGGCUGUCCAGAGGGUCAAAGCCCGGGAAAUAGUACCUGGGGACGUUGUAGAGAUUGCCGUUGGUGACAAGGUCCCUGCUGACAUCAGGAUCACCUCCAUUAAGUCUACCACCCUGAGAGUGGACCAGUCUAUUCUCACAGGCGAGUCCGUGUCAGUGAUCAAACACACCGACCCCGUCCCUGACCCCAGAGCUGUCAAUCAAGACAAGAAGAACAUGCUGUUUUCUGGCACCAACAUCGCUGCGGGGCGAGCCAUCGGGAUCGUGAUCUCCACCGGUGUAUCUACGGAGAUCGGUAAGAUCAGGAACCAGAUGGCAGCCACGGAGCAGGAGAAGACCCCCCUGCAGCAGAAACUGGACGAGUUCGGGGAGCAGCUCUCCAAGGUCAUCUCCCUGAUCUGCGUGGCCGUCUGGAUCAUUAACAUCGGUCAUUUUAGUGACCCGGUCCACGGGGGGUCCUGGAUGCGGGGGGCCAUCUACUACUUCAAGAUCGCUGUGGCCCUGGCUGUAGCUGCCAUCCCUGAGGGUCUUCCUGCUGUGAUCACCACUUGCCUGGCGCUGGGGACCCGCCGCAUGGCCAAGAAGAACGCCAUUGUCCGCAGCCUGCCCUCGGUGGAGACCCUAGGCUGCACCUCCGUCAUCUGCUCCGACAAAACCGGCACCCUCACCACUAACCAGAUGUCUGUCUGCAAGAUGUUUGUGGUGGACAAGGUGGAGGAUUCCAGCUGUGCUGUCCAUGAGUUCUCUAUAACUGGCUCAACCUACGCCCCUGAAGGACAAGUGUUGAAAGGGGACAAGGUGGUGCAGUGUGGAGAUUAUGAUGGUCUUCUGGAGCUGGCCACUGUCUGUUCCAUGUGCAACGACUCUUCACUGGACUACAAUGAGGUCAAAGGAGUGUAUGAGAAGGUGGGUGAGGCGACGGAGACGGCCCUCACUACCCUUGUGGAGAAGAUGAACGUGUUCAAGACUGACAUGUCAGGCCUCAGCAAGGUGGAGCGUGCCGGAGCCUGCAACUCAGUGAUCAGACAGCUGAUGAAGAAAGAGUUUACUCUGGAGUUCUCGCGUGAUCGCAAGUCCAUGUCUGUGUACUGUACCCCCAUCAACAAACCAGGCUCCGGGUGCAAGAUGUUCAUCAAGGGUGCCCCAGAGAGUGUGAUGGAGCGAUGCCAGUACCUGCGUGUUGGCACAGGGAAGGUGGCACUGACCAUGCCCCUGAGAGAGCAGCUGACCUCCCUGAUCAGGGACUGGGGCACGGGCAGGGACACGCUGAGAUGCCUGGGCAUGGCCACACGGGACUCGCCACCUAAACAACAGGACAUGGAUCUGGAGAACUCCACCAAGUUUGCUGAGUAUGAGACGGGCCUAACGUUUGUUGGCUGCGUGGGUAUGCUGGACCCACCCAGGAAGGAGGUGACUGGUUCCAUCCAGCUGUGCGCCGAGGCGGGCAUCCGUGUCAUCAUGAUCACCGGGGACAACAAGGGCACGGCCGUGGCCAUCUGCCGACGCAUCGGUAUCUUCGGCGAGGAUGAGGAUGUAGUGGGCAAGGCCUACACGGGCCGGGAGUUUGAUGACCUGCCCAUCGACUCCCAGAGAGAUGCUGUGAAGCGGGCACGGUGCUUUGCCCGCGUGGAGCCUGCACACAAGUCUAAGAUUGUGGGCUACCUGCAGUCGUUUGAUGAGAUCACUGCCAUGACUGGUGAUGGGGUGAACGACGCGCCAGCCCUGAAAAAGGCAGAGAUUGGCAUUGCCAUGGGCUCGGGCACAGCUGUGGCGAAGUCAGCAUCUGAGAUGGUUCUGUCUGACGAUAACUUCUCUACCAUCGUGGCGGCUGUGGAAGAGGGCAGGGCCAUCUACAACAACAUGAAACAGUUCAUACGAUACCUCAUCUCCUCCAACGUGGGAGAGGUCGUCUGCAUCUUCUUGACUGCCAUCUUGGGUCUUCCUGAGGCUCUGAUCCCGGUCCAGUUGCUGUGGGUCAACCUGGUGACAGAUGGUCUCCCUGCGACUGCCCUGGGCUUCAACCCCCCAGACCUGGACAUCAUGGACAAGCCGCCUCGCAACCCCAAGGAGCCUCUCAUCUCUGGGUGGCUGUUCUUCAGAUACCUGGCCAUCGGAGGGUAUGUUGGUCUGGGCACGGUGGGUGCUGCCACCUGGUGGUACUUGUUUGAUGAUGAAGGCCCUCACGUGUCCUUCUACCAGCUGAGACACUUUAUGCAGUGCUCGGAGGACAACCCCAUGUUCCAGGGCAUCGACUGUGAGGUGUUUGAGUCUCGUUUCCCCACCACCAUGGCCCUCUCCGUGCUGGUCACCAUAGAGAUGUUCAACUCCCUCAACAGUCUGUCAGAGAACCAGUCCAUGAUCAGGAUGCCCCCGUGGGUCAACUUCUGGCUGCUGGGAGCAAUCGUCCUCUCCAUGUCCCUCCACUUCCUCAUCCUCUAUGUUGAGCCGUUGCCUCUGAUCUUCCAGGUGACCCCUCUGACCUGGUGCCAGUGGAUCGUGGUUCUAAAGAUAUCAUUCCCUGUCAUCCUAUUGGACGAGGCCCUCAAGUACAUCUCCCGCAACCACUUAGACGACAACGACGACAAGAAGUACAGGAACAGGCAGCUAAAAUAUUAAGACUCACACACACACACACACACACACACACACACACACACACACACACACACACACACACACACACACACACACACACACACACACACACACACACACACACACACGUUCACGUAGGCCCAGGAAAGUGUGAUGAAAACUACAAAACACACCCAGGACUUAAACUUUCCACUCAUCGCUUUUGACUCUGUACAGUAACAUAGUGGUGCAAUAGGUAGACCAUGGAGAGGUAGGAGGAGAGCAGGGGAUUGUGAUGUCUAGAGAGAGAGAGGGAGAGAGAGCGAGAGGCGCAUAACCUGGAGGCUACAGACAGACUUGAUGGUACCAACAAUAGACAGAGACUGGCAUGCAGGAGAAGAUACUACCAACGGGCAGCAAGAGGAACCACACUGCUCGGCCUGAGGUGUCUGCCCCCCCCAGGCCAGAUGUUCUGGGUGUAUCCAGUACUCAUGUGUCCAUCCCACCCCAUAUGAACCCCUCGGUCUGCCAAGGCUUCUGUCAUUCAGAUCCACAGUAUUGUCAGUGAUCUGUGCUGCUCUACCAGGGUCAUGGUAGUCAGACCAUCACACUGUAACUACUCUCCUUUAACUGGAUCACAACAUUCCUCUCUUCCUCCGCUUCCUUUCCUCCCACUUUCUCUUCCUCCGUUUCCUUUCCUCCCGCUUUCUCUUCCUCCGUUUCCUUUCCUCCCGCUUUCUCUUCCUCCGUUUCCUUUCCUCCCGCUUUCUCUUCCUCCGUUUCCUUUCCUCCCUCUUUCUCUUCCUCCGUUUCCUUUCCUCCCGCUUUCUCUUCCUCCGUUUCCUUUCCUCCCGCUUUCUCUUCCUCCGUUUCCUUUCCUCCCGCUUUCUCUUCCUCCGUUUCCUUUACUCCCGCUUUCUCUUCCUCCGUUUCCUUUCCUCCCGCUUUCUCUUCCUCCGUUUCCUUUCUUCCCGCUUUCUCUUCCUCCGUUUCCUUUCCUCCCGCUUUCUCUUCCUCCGUUUCCUUUCCUCCCGCUUUCUCUUCCUCCGUUUCCUUUACUCCCGCUUUCUCUUCCUCCGUUUCCUUUACUCCCGCUUUCUCUUCCUCCGUUUCCUUUACUCCCGCUUUCUCUUCCUCCGUUUCCUUUACUCCCGCUUUCUCUUCCUCCGUUUCCUUUACUCCCGCUUUCUCUUCCUCCGUUUCCUUUACUCCCGCUUUCUCUUCCUCCGUUUCCUUUACUCCCGCUUUCUCUUCCUCCGUUUCCUUUACUCCCGCUUUCUCUUCCUCCGUUUCCUUUCCUCCCGCUUUCUCUUCCUCCGUUUCCUUUCCUCCCGCUUUCUCUUCCUCCGUUUCCUUUCCUCCCGCUUUCUCUUCCUCCGUUUCCUUUCCUCCCGCUUUCUCUUCCUCCGUUUCCUUUCCUCCCGCUUUCUCUUCCUCCGUUUCCUUUCCUCCCGCUUUCUCUUCCUCCGUUUCCUUUCCUCCCGCUUUCUCUUCCUCCGUUUCCUUUCCUCCCGCUUUCUCUUCCUCCGUUUCCUUUCCUCCCGCUUUCUCUUCCUCCGUUUCCUUUCCUCCCGCUUUCUCUUCCUCCGUUUCCUUUCCUCCCUCUUUUUUUCCACGGAGGUCUGCUUGCUGUAGAGCUGAUUUCUGCUCUUUGGCUCUGAUUUUUGUCCUCUCCUCUCUCUUAUAUUGCUCUCCCUCUUCUUUCCCUCUCUUCUCUACCUCUCUUCUCUCCCUUUCUCCCUUCUCUCUGUUGAAGAGGCAGAUAGGCAUCAUUGGGCCUUAGUUGUGACUCAUUCAGCCUUGGGCAGUGUAGUGUAGUGUAGACCUCUAUCUCCUGAAUGUGUGAAUAGCUUUCUGCUGCUUAGCUGCUACUGGGGGAGCCGGGGUCAGCCCAGAGACAAGCCAACCAAGAUGAAAUGAUGACUCCACCCACUGUGUUCAAACCCACUCUGGCCAGACUGUUGUGACAAGCCCAUUCAGCCGCACAGCCAACCUUCAGUGCAUCCCUCAUCCCAUGUCCAUUCCAGAAGAACUCUGUUCCUUAAUCACAGCUGUAGCUGCAGAGUACUACUCGUACAGCUGUAGCUGCACAAAAUAUACUUCUGCUUUGGAAAGGAUGCGUAGAGGAGGGUAAGGAGGAGAAUUAACAAGCAAGGCAGCUGAAUUGGCUAGCCUUCAUAGAGGUAUAUCCGAGACCUUUGUCUCCGACACAUAAGAACAUGCACACAUGUCAAUCAUAUCAAGACUCUAACACUCCCAACAUGCUGUACAUCCACUUGGACCUAGUAAGGUCAAAUAAUUAAUGUAUUUUUCUCCCAUAGACCCCCCCCCACCACUCCCACUCUACUUCCAGGCCAUACCCCUCCAAACACUUGUUUACACUGUUAACCCCAUCUAGCCAUUGAGGUUUUGAUAUUAAUGAAUAAUAAUAACACCCCGUUGGUAGCCUUAAAGAAUGUCCAGUAAGGCAAGUUGACUCCAGCUCAUCUCUCUGCUCUCCAUGCUGCUCUUCAUGCUGCUGCCAAAUGCUUUUUUGCCUUACAGGUAAACUUUUGUGUAUUGUUUUGAAAACUAGUAAUAAUGAUAUAUUUGACUGAAUGAACCCAGGAGGUUUUGGAUUGUGUCUUUAGCUUUAGUUGUUUUGGGGGGUGCGGGUGGGGUUCGCUGUUGAGCCGUGCUGUGUGGGCUGAGGCCGGUGGGAUAGCUGGAGGGAAGAAGACUCCAAUCAGUGUCUCGUCCAUACUGAGCCUCCUGACACCUUUUUAUAGGUCAUCCUUGGUUAGAGCACCAACCAGUAGGACUACUGGACUGGUCUUGGGUCAGUCCUAUCACUCCAGAUCAGGCAAGUUCUGACCACGUCAGUUUUGAUUUCAUCAAGGAAACAGCACAGCCUACCGUCGUAACGUAUAAAGAAAGACCGGCUCUUAAAGGUUAGACAACCGGUUAACUCUUUAGCCAGUCACCCGUUCCACACAACACAGCGUUGAUCUUAGUGUAGAGAGCCAAGAUCUAGAACACUGUAGCCAUGCUUGGUUUCAUCAACGAAAUAUAUACCACGGUGAUGCAGAAGCUCUAUCUAGUGUAUCUAUUGGCUAACAGUGGCAGAAGGCUUCAGGACUGCCGGUGUGCUUCCUAGCUAGUCCUCAGCCCCAGAUCAUGAUGGUACUCAGGCUGUCCAGCAGUGAUGUGGGUUUGUACAGGACCGCCGGUGUGCUUCCUAGCUGGUCCUCAGCCCCAGAUCAUGAUGGUACUCUGGCUGUCCAGCAGUGAUGUGGGUUUGUACAGGACCGCCGGUGUGCUUCCUAGCUGGUCCUCAGCCCCAGAUCAUGAUGGUACUCAGGCUGUCCAGCAGUGAUGUGGGUUUGUACAGGACUGCCGGUGUGCUUCCUAGCUAGUCCUCAGCCCCAGAUCAUGAUGCUACUCAGGCUGUCCAGCAGUGAUGUGGGUUUGUACAGGACUGCCGGUGUGCUUCCUAGCUGGUCCUCAGCCCCAGAUCAUGAUGGUACUCAGGCUGUCCAGCAGUGAUGUGGGUUUGUACAGGACUGCCGGUGUGCUUCCUAGCUAGUCCUCAGCCCCAGAUCAUGAUGCUACUCAGGCUGUCCAGCAGUGAUGUGGGUUUGUACAGGACCGCUGGUGGGCUUCCUAGCUAGUCCUCAGCCCCAGAUAAUGAUGGUACUCAGGCUGUCCAGCAGUGAUGUGGGUUUGUACAGUACCUUGUUAUUUACUACUGAAUCCUUGAACUUUGUACAGAAAAACGAGAAAGAACGUUCGCAUGGAUACUUUGUUAGUGUAAUUAAUAACCUAUACUGUAUAUUAUUUUACUUUUUCUGAUAACUUACAUGACAUCAAUGAAACCUACUUACUUACCAACAGCAAGAGAACCAACUGCAAGAAACUAUUUCAGUUUUUCUUUAAGUGCAUCUAAGGAUCUCCAUUUUCUUGUAGACUAGAAAAAGGUUGUUUUAUUUAUCAUUGCUGUUAUUUUUUACGGUUGCUAGGAGAAAAAAAGAUUACUGUAAAAUAAACAAAAAGAAUCAUAAUGAGAAUAAUAAUUUUGAUGAUUAAAUAAUUAAUUUCAGUGAUAGUAAUCUGGUUUGAGAAUGUUUGAUGAUUAAAUAAUUAAUUUCAGUGAUAGUAAUCUGGUUUGAGAAUGUUUGAUGAUUAAAUAAUUAAUUUCAGUGAUAGUAAUCUGGUUUGAGAAUGUUUGAUGAGCACUUCUAAAUGAAUUGUGUCUUUUACACAGAGUGAUGAGCAGAGAUGAAUCUUGGGUAAUGAAGUUUUAUGUGUGUUGAAAGGCUUGGCGUGACUACAGACUCCAGAGACCCCCUCCGCCCCCCCCCCAUUAGACAUUUGGGUCACAGUUAGGAAGGUGGUCCUCUUCUAACCAUGGUACGCUUGGAUAGCCUGGUCCUAAAUCUGUUUGCGCUGUCUUGCCAAGUUUCCAAUUGACAACGACCAUAACAGUUGACUUGACCGUAGAAACAGAUCUGGGACCGUCAGGCUAACGGUUGGCAUCUUGUGCUCUGAUAAAAUAGCCACCCAUGUGCGUAUUAUCAAUCAGGUAGUCACCAAUCUAGAGUUGGCUCUGCUCCCAUUGGACCAUUCUCUCUGUCAACCAAUAGGAAACAUUCACAAGCCUCUGGGGCCUGAAUCCCACCACUCAGAAAUAGAGGAUUAUCUUUAUUGCCUUGUUAAUAUUAAAUGUGGACACAAUUUUUUUAUGUGACAAAUUCAUGGAAAUAAAGAUUAUUUAUCUUAUUUA